GCUGGGUGGAAAGAGUUGUCUCUUCCUCUCCACGCGGUGGACGCGACUAGUCGGUCUGUACCGUUUGUGUCGAGUGAUGCCGGGGAAACUCCGUAGUGUCGCGGAUUUGGAAUCAGGCCUGGCCAUGGGAAAAGUGGAGAAGCCACGAAAGCAAACUGAGAAGAGAGGUAGAAAAGAGAAGCCAAAAUCUAAGAAUGAAGAGGCAGCAGACAAAAAAGAAGAAACUAUUUCCCCCAAAGCUAAAAAAGUUAAAAAGAAAGCAGAGCCUUCUGAGGUUGACAUGAGUUCCCUUAAGCCCCAAAAGGCAGUGAAGAAAGAGGAGCCUUCUCAAGAAGAUGUUAUUUCUCCUAAAACCAAAAGUGUGAAAAAGAAAAAGGAGACCCUUGAAAAGAAUGUUGUUUCUCCUAAAACCAAAAAGGUGAAAAAUGAGAUUGCUGAAGAAGAAAUAGGUUCUCCUAAACCCAAGAAGAUGAAGAAAGAAAAGGAAAUAAACGGAGAAGUUGGGGAGAAAAAUCCCAAAGUGAAGAAUGGAGAAAUUGGGGAGAAAAAUCUCAAAUUAAAGAAUGGAUUCUCUCAUUCUGAACCUGACACAAACGCCAGUGAAGAAAGUAACAGUGAGUUAGAGCAGGAAGUACCUCUGGAACAAAAAGAAGGAGCAUUUUCUAAUUUUCCCAUAUCUGAAGAGACUAUUAAACUUCUCAAAGUCCGUGGAGUGACCUACCUGUUUCCUAUACAAGCAAAGACAUUUCACCAUGUCUACAGUGGGAAGGACUUAAUUGCACAGGCACGGACAGGAACUGGGAAGACAUUCUCCUUUGCCAUCCCUUUGAUUGAGAAACUUCUAGGAGAAGUACAAGACCGGAAGAGAGGCCGUGCCCCUCAGGUACUGGUUCUUGCACCCACAAGGGAGUUGGCGAAUCAAGUAAGCAGAGACUUCAGUGACAUCACAAAGAAGUUGGCAGUGGCUUGUUUUUAUGGUGGAACUCCCUAUGGAGGUCAAAUUGAGCGUAUGCGGAAUGGGAUUGAUAUCCUGGUUGGGACACCAGGUCGUAUCAAAGACCACCUGCAGAAUGGCAAGCUAGAUCUCACCAAACUUAAGCAUGUUGUCUUGGAUGAAGUUGACCAGAUGUUGGAUAUGGGGUUUGCUGAUCAAGUGGAAGAGAUUUUAUGUGUGGCAUAUAAAAAAGAUUCAGAAGACAAUCCCCAAACCCUGCUUUUUUCUGCCACUUGCCCUCAUUGGGUAUAUAAUGUUGCUAAGAAAUACAUGAAAUCUACAUAUGAACAGGUGGACCUGAUUGGUAAAAAGACUCAGAAAGCAGCAAUAACUGUGGAGCAUCUGGCUAUCAAGUGCCACUGGACUCAAAGGGCAGCAGUUAUUGGGGACGUGAUCCGAGUAUACAGUGGUUUUAAUGGACGCACUAUCGUCUUCAGUGAAACCAAAAAGGAAGCCCAGGAAUUGUCGCAGAAUACAUCCAUAAAGCAGGAUGCCCAGUCAUUACAUGGAGACAUUCCACAGAAGCAAAGAGAAAUCACCCUGAAAGGAUUUAGAAAUGGUGAUUUUGGAGUUUUGGUUGCAACCAAUGUUGCUGCACGUGGAUUAGAUAUCCCUGAGGUUGACCUGGUUAUUCAGAGUUCUCCACCAAAGGAUGUGGAGUCUUAUAUCCAUCGUUCUGGGCGAACAGGGAGAGCUGGAAGGACAGGUGUUUGCAUCUGUUUUUAUCAGAACAAAGAAGAAUAUCAAUUAACACAAGUGGAACAAAAAGCGGGAAUUAAAUUUAAACGAAUAGGUGUUCCUUCUGCUACAGAGAUAAUAAAAGCUUCUAGCAAAGAUGCCAUCAGGCUUUUGGAUUCUGUGCCUCCUACUGCAAUUAGUCACUUCAAGCAGUCUGCCGAGAAGCUGAUAGAGGAGAAGGGAGCCGUGGAAGCGUUGGCAGCGGCUCUGGCGCAUAUUUCAGGCGCCACAUCCGUAGACCAGCGCUCCCUGAUCAACUCAGAGGCGGGCUUUGUGACCAUGGUUUUGCGGUGUUCGAUUGAAAUGCCAAACAUUAGUUAUGCAUGGAAAGAGCUUAAAGAGCAGUUGGGUGAGGAUAUUGAUUCCAAAGUGAAAGGAAUGGUCUUUCUCAAAGGAAAGCAGGGUGUUUGUUUUGAUGUCCCUACUGCAACAGCAACACAAGUACAGGAAAAAUGGCAUGAUUCACGGCGCUGGCAGCUCUCUGUGGCUACGGAACAGCCAGAGCUGGAAGGACCACGGGAAGGAUAUCGAGGCUUUAGGGGACAGCGGGAUGGCAACCGAGGCUUCAGAGGACGCGACGGAAACAGGAACCGAGGCUUCAGAGGACAGCGGUCAGGAGGUGGCAAUAGAAACAAUAGAUUUCAAAACAAAGGCCAGAAGAGGAGUUUUAAUAAAGCAUUCGGUUAGUAAUUUGAAAUAGAAUUUAUAUUUUUUCAUACAAAGGUUAAAAAAAAAAAGACAUUGUGUUUCUUCCUAACCACUUCCCCCAUCUCUUCCAAAAAAGACAAUUUCAUCUCAUCAUUCUUUAUCACUUGGAACGCUAAUGCUACAUCUACAUCAGGAAUCCCUUUGACACAGGGGUAUAUGAAUUCGUUACAUUUUUAUGCUAAUGUAUUAUCUAAAUUACAAGAUAAAAAUCAAGCACGAAUCUGCCUGUACUUUGUAUCUUGAUUUGUCUUCAUACUUAAGAGUCUCUCAAUAGUGUCUUCCCCUGAAUACCUGUGGGGAAUACAACAGCCUCUGGAGAAACACUGAGCGAUCAAGACUUUGUUCUUUAAUUGGCAUUCCUUGGCCACCUGCCUAACAACCACUCAUAUGGUCCUAAGUUGUCUGAAAAUUACCACUGAGCAAUGUUUUGAAACAAGAUUUCAAACUCAACUGAGAUGUAAUGCAGUUUAUGCCAGCAUACAUCUACUAGGAGGAUGGUGAUAUAUUUGAUUGAUGUGUUAUAGGUUAGCCAUUUUAAGAUAUUUUUAGUUUCUCAUAAGGUGAGUCAGGCUUCAUUGAAUUCACAGAUUUUACAUAUGAGUAUAUAUACCUAUAUAUAUGCAUACACACGUGUUUUAAUAGAAAGCAAGCAUCUGUUAGGAAUUGCGGAACUAUAAAAUGCCCAAGUAAGAAGACUGGGUAAGUGAUGCUUAGUAAAAAGGUACUCCAAUUCCUGUUGGGAGAUUAACGUUUACCAAGAGGAACUAAGGUAAUGAGAGGCACAGGUUUGCAUUGCGCAAGAGUGUAUCAAAAACUCACUGAAAAUGUAUUUUGCAUAUGAGGGGGAAAACAUCUUUGCCGCAAAGAGAAGAACAAAUGAAGCUGACAAUAAAGCAUUUGCCUGAUGGUGGAAAGCUAAUGGGUUAAAUAAUCUUUCUAAAAGGUAAUUUGUAAUGAGAAUACUUUUUUAGGUAAAGGAGCUAUUAGAUUGCUACUCCAUUGAAAGCUUUAGCUGCUUCCUUUUUAAGACACAUUGUACAUGGUUUUUUUAAGUUGUUGCUUUGAGGAAAUUAAACUUACUACAGGCCCUGACUAGGUAACUUCUCUGAUUUCUCAAAUAUUUCUCUGGGAAACUUUUUCCAUGGUGCAGGAGCUUAAGAGUAGCAUUGUCUUCUCGCCUUAAUUCAUAGAAUUUCUGUAAUAAGAACCUCAGGGAAUACAUUUUGAUGGGAGAAAUUAGAAUAUAUGGCCUGUACUGUAUUGAUUGAAUUAUUUUAAUUGUUUUAAGCUAAUUCUUUAUCCUGGUUUCCUUCUACUCAGAUGGGUCUUUGUAUGUCUAACUGCCUCCUACUUAAUCACCGUGCAGUGCAUUGUGCAGUACAAAUAGCUGACUCAGCUCUUGAUUCUUUAUCUAUUUGUACUUUAGUUCUGUCCUUGAAUAUUGACUGGAAAGUCUCUGUUCUCAGAAAUUCUCUUUUAUUUUUAUUUCUUGAGCUUUUCAUUUGUAUCACUUUUUCUCUUCAUGGCUUCCAGUCAAGCCACAGGGUUUUAGGAGAGGUGUUGAUGACAGUCAACACUUGUGUCUGUGGAUUACAAUUUACCAGAUUUUGGUUUUGCUCCAAGUACUGAGCACAGCACAGUAACAACCAAGACAUUUCAAGAUUUUAAUAGGAAUGGGUACCUUACUAAGAAUAAAAGGAUACAUCCUUGGAAAGGAACUGCUAAAACUUUGAUGUGGAAUAGCCUAAACAAAAAUCAGGUAUACAUCAAGAGUAAGGGGCAAGAUAAAAGGAAUUCUGCUUUAAGCAACUUAAUUCUAUGGAAAGCAUCACUGUUGGAAUAAGUAAAGCUAAAGUUUCUCCUGAAUCCUAGAAUUCAAACCAUAUUUGUAAAUUUUUAAUUCAGCUACCACUUGGUCUAAAUAGUCUUGUUGGGCUAAGCCUGGGAAAUGUUGUCAAUUUUUACUAUUUUCUACAGAGAAAGUAUUUUCCAAUUUAUGUAUCAACUCAAUUAACUUUUAAAAUAUAACCCAUUUUUAUGUUGGGGCUAUAUGUGCAGCCAUUUUAUUUACAGUUGUACAUAAAAUGUUUUUACUGUAAAACUGAGUUAAUGUAUAAAAUAAUGCUCUAUGCCAUA